UCGAGGGAUAUAAAGGAUGCUUGGCUGCUCCAGGGACAGGGGGAUAUCACCAUAAUGUCCUCUCCAACCUCCUCACUGGAUGUAUUUGCAUUUUUUGACGGGUGUCCUGCCGUAGGAGCUAAUUUGUGCUAAAAGUCCCUUUCUUUCAUUCAUUCAGGUCGGCGCAUCUGCACAAAUACUGUAGUAAUUUAGAUCAUUCUCAUGCUGGAGCGCCGCAGAUGACAGACGUACAGUGUGACAGUUGGAAUUGUUGUAGUGACGGUCCAGUUUAGAAAUGUACGCACGUGGAGUGGAACCACUGCUGACAGUUUCUAGUAUGUUUUCUUUUUUUUAAAGAAUUUACACUGUGUGUUUACGUUCCAGUGGAGAUGACUGCCAUUGAUAAAAGGUGACAAAGGCAUAAAAGGUGUUAAUGUGAAGCGGUUUUAAUAAUGGAGGAAGGCAUGGGGUGUGAAAGCAGUGAAUCUUGAAACCCGUUAGCGUUGCUGUUUGAGAGGGGAGGUUACAGCGGACCCUCGGAGGCUCGUAUGUGGAUGGGAUCCCUCCUGUGCCGUCAUGCUGCCUGCUGUGUCGGUCAGUCGGCUGGUUUGAGUGCAGAGGGAGCAGAGACGAGCUGAAGAUAUGUCUAUCCAGAUCAUGUCUGCUGGACCCUGGUUUCAUCGCAAUGAGGACAUGAAGGCCAUAGAUGUGCUUCCCAUCCUCAAGGAGAAGGUCGCUUUUCUCUCAGGUGGCAGGGACAGACGUGGAGGUCCUGUUCUCACCUUUCCAGCACGGAGCAACCAUGACAGAAUACGACCCGAAGACCUGCGCAGGCUUAUAGCUUACCUGGCUACUAUUCCCAGCGAGGAGGUGGCCAGACAUGGCUUCACAGUCAUCGUGGACAUGCGUGGUUCUAAGUGGGACAGCAUCAAACCUCUGCUGAAAAUCCUUCAGGAGUCUUUCCCUUCUUGUAUUCACGUCGCCCUCAUCAUCAAGCCGGACAACUUCUGGCAGAAGCAGAGGACCAAUUUUGGCAGCUCCAAGUUUGAAUUUGAGACGGUGAUGGUUUCCUUAGAGGGCUUAUCCAAGAUUGUGGACCCAUCCCAGCUGACGGCUGACUUCGAGGGCAGCUUAGAGUACAACCAUGACGACUGGAUUGAGGUGCGGCUCUCGUUUGAGACCUUUGCCAGCGACGCAGCGCGGGCUUUGGCACGCCUCGAGGAGCUCCAGGAGACCCUGUCCCAGCGCGACCUGCCACGGGACCUGGAGGGAGCUCGGCGGCUAAUGGAAGACCAUGCUGCGCUGAAGAAAAGAGCCACAAAGGCGUCCGUAGAGGACCUCGACGCGCAGGGACGAAGGCUGCUCCAAAGGCUACAAACACAGACAUCAGGGGGUGGGAGCGGUGGCGACAGCGGGUAUGGCAGCCGCGGCGGUGGAGCAAGCGGAGAUUCCAACGACCACCAUCAUGGGUUCCAUGCACAUGCAGACGCGCACAAUCUAGUGGCUAAAGUGACGGGCUUGUUGGACAAGCUGCACGGGACGCGCCAGAAUCUGCAGCAGCUGUGGCACAUGAGGAAGCUGAAGCUGGACCAGUGUUUCCAGCUGCGACUGUUUGAACAGGACGCUGAGAAGAUGUUUGAUUGGAUCAUGCACAACAAGGGGCUUUUCCUGACCAGUUACACGGAGAUUGGAGGGAACCACCAGCACGCUGUUGAGCUGCAGACGCAGCACAACCACUUCGCCAUGAACUGCAUGAACGUGUAUGUCAACAUUAAUCGAAUCAUGUCAGUGGGAAACCGGCUCCUGGAGUCAGGCCACUACGCCUCCCAGCAGAUCCAGCAGAUCUCCAGCCAGCUGGAGCAAGAGUGGAAGGCCUUUGCAGCAGCCCUGGAUGAACGCAGCACUCUGCUGGAGAUGUCUGCCAGCUUCCACCAGAAAGCAGAUCAGUACAUGAGUAAAGUGGAGCCGUGGUGUAAGGCAUGCGGUGAGGGGGAGCUGCCCUCUGAACUCCAGGAUCUGGAAGAUACAAUCCACCAUCACCAGGGCCUGUAUGAGCACAUCACCACUGCAUACUCCGAGGUGAGCCAGGACGGCAAGUCUCUGCUGGACAAACUGCAGCGACCUCUGACCCCUGGGAGUGCCGAUUCACUGAUGGCCUCGGCUAACUACUCCAAGGCCGUGCACCACGUCCUGGACAUCAUCCACGAGGUGCUGCAUCACCAGCGACAACUGGAAAACAUCUGGCAGCAUCGCAAAGUCCGCCUGCACCAGCGCCUGCAGCUGUGCGUCUUCCAGCAGGAUGUGCAGCAAGUGCUGGACUGGAUAGAAAACCACGGUGAGGCCUUCCUCAGUAAGCACACAGGCGUGGGAAAGUCUUUGCACAGAGCCCGGGCGCUGCAGAAGAGACAUGAAGACUUUGAGGAGGUUGCACAGAACACCUACACCAAUGCUGACAAGUUGCUAGAGGCAGCGGAGCAGCUGGCCCAGACCGGAGAAUGCGACCCAGAGGAGAUUUAUCAAGCAGCCCACCAGCUAGAAGAUCGCAUCCAGGACUUUGUGCGACGCGUCGAGCAGCGUAAAGUCCUGCUGGACAUGUCCGUUGCCUUCCACACACAUGUCAAAGAGCUGUGGACGUGGUUGGAGGAGCUGCAGAAGGAACUGCUGGAUGACGUGUACGCAGAGUCUGUGGAGGCAGUGCAGGACCUGAUCAAGCGAUUCGGGCAGCAGCAGCAGACCACGUUGCAGGCGACUGUCAAUGUUAUCAAGGAGGGAGAGGACCUCAUACAGCAGCUCAGAGACUCGGCCAUCUCCAGCAACAAGACUCCCCACAACAGCUCCAUGGCCCACAUCGAGAGCGUGCUGCAGCAGCUGGACGAGGCCCAGGGCCAGAUGGAGGAGCUGUUCCAGGAGAGGAAGAUCAAACUGGAGCUCUUCCUCCAGCUCCGCAUCUUUGAGAGGGACGCGAUUGAUAUUAUCUCAGACCUGGAGUCAUGGAACGAGGAAUUAUCUCAGCAGAUGAGUGAGUUUGACACGGAGGACCUGACACUGGCAGAGCAGAGGCUACAGCAUCAUGCAGACAAGGCUCUCACUAUGAACAACCUCACCUUCGACGUCAUCCACCAGGGACAAGAGUUGCUGCAGUAUGUCACAGAGGUGCAGGCAUCCGGUGUGGAGCUGCUAUGCGACAGAGAUGUGGACAUGGCCAAACGGGUCCAGGACCUGCUCGAGUUUCUCCACGAGAAGCAGCAGGAGCUGGACCUGGCAGCGGAGCAGCACAGGAGACACUUGGAGCAGUGUGUCCAGUUACGGCAUCUGCAGGCUGAAGUCAAACAGGUGCUGGGUUGGAUCCGUAAUGGCGAGUCGAUGCUGAACGCCGGUCUCAUCACAGCCAGUUCAUUACAAGAGGCCGAACAGCUGCAAAAGGAGCACGAACAAUUUCAACAUGCAAUAGAGAAAACACAUCAGAGUGCGCUGCAGGUACAGCAGAAGGCAGAGGCCCUACUCCAGGCCAACCAUUAUGACAUGGAUAUGAUCAGAGACUGCGCAGAAAAGGUGGCAGACCACUGGCAGCAGCUGAUGCUGAAGAUGGAGGACAGGCUUAAGCUGGUUAAUGCUUCGGUGGCCUUCUACAAGACGUCUGAACAGGUGUGCAGUGUGUUAGAAAGCCUUGAGCAGGAGUACAAGAGAGAAGAAGACUGGUGCGGCGGAGCUGAUAAACUGGGCCCGAACAGCGAGUCGGACCACGUCACUCCCAUGAUCAGCAAACAUCUGGAGCAGAAGGAAGCCUUCCUCAAGGCUUGCACAUUAGCCAGACGUAAUGCUGAUGUUUUCUUGAAGUACCUGCACAGAAACAGCGUCAACAUGCCCGGCAUGUUGUCCCACGUCAAAGCUCCGGAGACUCAGGUUAAGAAUAUCUUGAAUGAGCUGCUGCAGAGAGAGAACAGAGUGCUCCACUUCUGGACCAUGCGGAAGCGCAGGCUGGACCAGUGCCAGCAGUAUGUGGUGUUUGAACGCAGUGCCAAACAGGCCCUGGAGUGGAUCCAUGACACUGGGGAGUUUUACCUAUCCACACACACAUCCACCGGCUCCAGCAUCCAUCACACACAGGAGCUACUGAAAGAGCACGAAGACUUCCAGAUCACAGCGAAGCAAACCAAAGAGCGGGUAAAGCUGUUGAUCCAGCUGGCGGAUGGGUUUUGUGACAAGGGCCACGCCCAUGCGCUAGAGAUAAAGAAAUGGGUGUCCUCUGUGGACAAGCGCUACAGGGACUUCUCUCUCCGUAUGGACAAAUACCGAACCUGCCUGGAAACGGCUCUCGGCAUCUCGUCCGACUCGAACAAGGCUAGCAAAGAGCUGCAACUGGACAUCAUCCCGGCCAGUGCUCCGGGGUCAGAGGUCAAACUGAGGGACGCCGCACACGAGCUCAAUGAGGAAAAGAGGAAGUCGGCACGGAGGAAAGAAUUUAUAAUGGCUGAGCUGAUUCAAACAGAGAAAGCCUAUGUCAGAGAUCUGCGAGAGUGUAUGGAUACCUACCUGUGGGAGAUGACCAGCGGCGUGGAGGAGAUUCCUCCCGGCAUCGUCAACAAGGAGCACAUCAUCUUUGGGAACAUGCAGGACCUUUACGAGUUUCAUCACAAUAUCUUCUUGAAGGAGUUGGAGAAGUAUGAGCAGCUUCCAGAAGAUGUUGGCCAUUGUUUUGUAACCUGGGCUGAUAAGUUCCAGAUGUACGUGAACUACUGCAAGAACAAGCCAGACUCAACUCAGCUCAUCCUGGAACACGCCGGACCCUACUUUGAUGAAAUCCAACAAAGGCAUCGCCUUGCCAACUCCAUCUCCUCCUACCUGAUCAAGCCGGUCCAGAGAAUCACAAAAUACCAGCUGCUUCUCAAGGAGUUGUUGACUUGCUGUGAGGAAGGAAAGGGUGAGAUCAAGGAUGGUCUUGAAGUUAUGCUCAGUGUUCCCAAGAGGGCCAAUGAUGCCAUGCACCUCUCCAUGCUGGACGGGUUCGAUGGGAACAUUGACUCCCAGGGUGAGCUGAUACUCCAAGAGUCCUUCCAGGUGUGGGAUCCCAAGACCCUGAUUAGGAAAGGCCGUGACCGCCACCUCUUCCUCUUCGAGAUGUCCCUGGUGUUCAGUAAAGAGGUGAAAGACUCCAACGGGCGCAGCAAGUACCUCUACAAGAGCAAGCUCUUUACGUCAGAACUUGGAGUGACCGAACACGUGGAGGGAGAUCCUUGUAAGUUUGCCCUCUGGGUGGGAAGGACCCCGACCUCAGACAACAAGAUUGUUCUCAAGGCGUCAAGCAUUGAGAACAAGCAGGACUGGAUCAAACACAUUCGGGAGGUCAUCCAGGAGCGAACGGUCCACCUACGCGGAGCUCUGAAGGAGCCCAUCCACAUCCCUAAAGCCACCACGACGAAACAUAAAGGCAGACGGGACGGAGAGGAGCUGGACAGCCAGGGAGACGCCAGCAGUCAACCCGAUACCAUCUCUAUCGCCUCACGUACCUCCCAGAACACACUGGACAGCGAUAAGCUUUCCGGUGGCUGUGAGUUGACCGUGGUGAUCCAUGACUUUGUGGCCAGUAAUGGCGGCAGCAACGGAGAGCUGACAGUACGCAGAGGCCAGACUGUGGAGGUUCUGGAGCGGCUCCACGACAAGCCGGACUGGUGCCUGGUCCGGACCACAGACCGUUCGCCGGCCCAGGAGGGCAUCGUACCCUGCUCCAUGCUUUGCAUUGCUCACUCCAGGUCCUCCAUGGAGAUGGAGGGUCUCUUCAACCACAAAGACACCUUGUCUGUAUCCAGUAACGACGCCCUGCAGCCAGGCUCCAGCCACACCCUGGGUCCUCACAGCUCGCCAGGUCCCAAACGUCCAGGGAACACUUUAAGGAAGUGGCUGACGAGCCCCGUGCGGAGGCUCAGCUCCGGCAAAGCUGAUGGUCACGUCAAGAAGCUCGCCCACAAGCACAAGAAGAACCGCGACGGCACAAGGAAGAACAUGGACACAAUACCCGGCUCGCAGAAGGACUCCGACGACAGCGCAGCCACACCCCAGGAUGAGACCCUGGAGGAAGUAAGACGAGAUUCUGUGAAAUACUUUCUACCCUGUCAGAACACACAGGCACAGCAGUCUCCAAGCUCCAAUCUUGCAUCCCUUCUUUCCCACCAGCGCAUGCGUAACGAGGGGCUGAGCAGCGGGACUCUGUCCAAGUCUUCCUCAUCGGGCAUGCAGAGCUGCGGCGAGGAGGAAGGAGAGGAGGGGGCUGAUGCUGUACCGCUGCCUCCACCUAUGGCCAUCCAGCAACACAGCCUGCUGCAGCCCGACUCCCAGGAUGACAAGUCUGCAUCUCGUCUGUCUGCUCGUCCCAGUAGUUCAGAGACGCCCAGCGCAGCUGAACUGGUCAGUGCCAUCGAAGAGCUGGUGAAGAGUAAGAUGUCGCUCGAGGACCGACCCAGUUCUCUCUCAGUGGAGCAAGGCGACAGCAGCUCUCCCUCUUUCAACCCCUCUGACAACUCCCUCCUUUCCUCCUCCUCACCCAUUGAUGAGUUGGACGAGCGCAAAUCUGGAUUCUUCAAGAGACGACAUUACAUCCUCCUGGAGCUGGUGGAGACUGAAAGAGACUAUGUCAGAGACCUUGGAUCAGUGGUGGAGGGCUACAUGAGCAGGAUGAAAGAGGAAGGAGUUCCGGAUGACAUGAGAGGGAAGGACAAGAUCGUCUUUGGAAACAUCCAUCAGAUCUAUGACUGGCACAAAGAUUUUUUCCUGGGAGAGCUUGAAAAGUGUUUGGAGGACCCUGAGAGGUUGGCACCUUUAUUUGUCAAACAGGAGCGGAGGCUGCACAUGUAUAUCGUGUACUGCCAGAACAAGCCCAAGUCUGAGCACAUCGUGUCAGAGUAUAUUGACACUUACUUUGAAGACCUUAAGCAGCGGUUGGGGCACAGAUUGCAGCUCACUGACCUGCUCAUAAAGCCUGUCCAGCGUAUAAUGAAGUAUCAGCUACUACUGAAGGAUCUUCUCAAAGUUUCUAAGAAGGCUGGAGUUGACACAGCAGAUCUGGAGAAAGCCGUAGAAGUGAUGUGUGUGGUACCGAAGCGCUGCAACGACAUGAUGAAUGUUGGGCGCCUUCAAGGCUUCGAAGGUAAAAUUGUGGCUCAGGGCAGAUUGCUUCUUCAAGACACCUUCAUGGUUUCAGACCAGGAUGGGGGACUCCUGUCCAGGAUGAAAGAGAGGAGAGUCUUUCUGUUUGAGCAGAUAGUCAUCUUCAGCGAGCCUCUGGACAAAAAGAAGGGCUUCUCCACUCCCGGUUACCUCUUCAAGAACAGCAUAAAGGUGAGCUGGUUGGGUCUAGAAGAAAAUGCAGAUGACCCCUGCAAGUUCACACUGACCUCCAGAUCGUCUAGCGGCAGCCUUGAGAGGUACACCCUCCAUUCGGCGAGCCCUGGAGUCAGUCAAGUCUGGAUCCACCAGGUCAGCCAGAUACUGGAGAACCAGCGCAAUUUCCUUAAUGCUUUGACGUCACCCAUAGAGUACCAGAGGAACCACGUGGGCGGUGGCGGGCCCAGUGGUCCACCCAGCAGUAGCAGCAGCAGUACUUCAGGCCUCCCAGGGGGCAGCAGCUCCAACAGUACCUCCAACAUGGGCGGAGGAGGCGGCGGCGGUUCUGGAGGAUCAGGGGGCGGCUCCUCCUCCUCCUCCUCCCUGUGCGGCCCUCGCUCCCGACCUUCCCGCAUCCCCCAGCCAUCCUCGCGCCUCCCCCAGCCAGUUCACCACCACCACCCCCCGGGCCCUGAGGGGCCCGACAGAUCAGCAGGUAUGUGGUUACCCUGCCACCCCCAGUCCCCUCAGUCCCUUCCCUCUAACGUGUAUUCUGACAACGCAACGAACGGAGAGCUUUUAGUGUCAGAGGUUCCCAAGAUGAGGAUGCUGGACAGUCCUCACGGAAGUAACAGUAAUAACAGUAACAGGCCAGUGACAGCGGGUGGUGUGGACGGCAGCAACAAACAGGCUUUCGGGGGCAACGAAGAGAAGCAUCAGACAGCUGGUAUUCCACAGAUGCCAGUGGCUCCUCUGAAUUUUCCUCUCAAAAGCCCUCGAGUCGGGACAGUUUCUCCACUGAUCUCGCCUCAGAGCCCCGGAGGAAAGGAAACAUUCGUGCCCUCUAGCCCAGCUCACAAAGGCAACGCUUUCUGGGCCAUGGUCCCCGCUGUCCCUCCAUCUCCCGCCAGCAGGCCGGGUUCCUUCUCCUACCCCGGCGACAAUGGGGGCGGAGGCGACUCCUUGGGCAGGGGAAGUCACGGAGUGCCAUCCCAUCACCGCCACUCCAGCCACAGUAAGGACGUAGACCGUAUGAGCACCUGCUCCUCCACCAGUGAGCAGUCCAUACACUCCACCCAGAGCAACGGGAGUGAAAGCAGUAGCAGCAGCAGCGUGUCCACCAUGUUGGUGACCCAGGACUAUGUGGCAGUGAAGGAGGAUGAGAUCAGUGUGCUGCAGGGUGAGGUGGUCCAAAUGCUAGCCAGCAAUCAACAGAACAUGUUCCUGGUGUACCGCGCCGCCAACGAGCAAUGCCCCGCCGCCGAGGGCUGGAUCCCUGGCUAUGUAUUAGGGCACACCUCAUCCUCCGUCACACCUGAGAUCCCCGAAGGAACCAUCAAAAAAUCAUUGUCAUGGCACACAGCGCUACGUAUCCGCCGGAAGUCUGAGAAAAGAGACAAGGAGGGCAGGAAAAUUGAGAACGGCUAUCGCAAGUCUCAGGAUAGCCUGGCCAACAAAGUCUCUGUCAAGCUUCUGAAUCCCAACUUCAUCUAUGAUGCUCCUCCGGAGUUCCUCAUAUCCGUCAGCGACGCAGCAUGCGAGAGUGGCGAGAAUGUCACUCUGAGGUGUAAAGUGUGUGGGCGUCCUCGGGCCACCGUCUCUUGGCGCGGACCAGACAACAGCGCUCUGAGCAGCGACGGACGCUACACGGCCACAUACAGCGAGACGGGAGAGGCGUCCCUUCGUAUCCUCGGAGUGUCUGUAGAGGACAGCGGCGUGUACACCUGCGUCGCCACAAACGCCGCGGGCACCAUCUCCUCCUCUGGCAGCCUUAGAGUCUCAGGAGCAUCAGAUGAUGGCACUGAAGUCCUCUGGAAGAACAGCUUUGAGUCCCACUACACUGAGAUCACUGAGCUAGGAAGGGGUCGCUUCUCUGUGACUAAGCGGUGUGACCAGAGGGGGAGCAAGUGCACGGUUGCGGCGAAGCACGUCAACAAGAAGCUGCUGCGUCGAGAGCAGGUGGUGCAGGAGAUCAGGCUCCUCCAGGCUCUGGAUCAUCCCAACGUGGUCAAGCUGCUGGACACGUACGAGACAGCCCAUAGCUACGUACUUGUACUAGACAUGGCUGACCAGGGACGCUUCCUGGACUAUAUAGUGAGCUGGGGCAACCUGACGGAGGAGAAGGUGGCUCUAUACCUCAGAGACAUUCUUGAAGCUCUCCACUACCUGCACAGCUGGAGGAUAGCACACCUUGAUCUCAAACCCGAGAACAUCGUGGUGGAGCACGCGUCCUCCCAGCCUCUAAUCAAGCUGACAGACUUCGGUGAAGCGGUUCAACUGAACCCCCCGUCCUCCUACGUCCAUCCUCUCCUGGGGAGCCCGGAGUUCUCUGCCCCCGAGCUGGUCCUGGGUCAGCCUGCCUCGCUGAUGUCUGACCUCUGGAGCUUAGGAGUGGUGACCUACGUAGUACUGAGCGGCGCCUCUCCCUUCCUGGACGAGAGCUUGGAGGAGACAUGUUUGAACAUCUGCCGCCUGGACUUCAGCUUCCCCGAGGACUACUUCCAGGGCGUGAGCCCAGCUGCCAGGGACUUCAUCCGCCUGCUGCUCCAGGGCGAUCCGGAUCGACGGCCCUCCGCGGCCUCCUGCCUGCAGGAGCCCUGGCUGCAGCCUCGGGGCGCGUUCAGCCGAGACACCGGAUACGUCACCUUAAAUCACAUGCAGCCACCAGCGCCUUCGCCUUCAGACGGCCAUUACAGCUCACAUCUGGACACCUCCAGGCUCAUCUCCUUCAUCGAGAGGCGGAAGCACCAGAACGACGUUCGGCCCGUGGGCGCCAUUAAGGCCUUUCUCCACAGCCGCCUGCUCAACCACACCUGACGAAAAAAAGCAGACUCGACCGGGACGAGGUCCUGGUUCAGUUGAGAGGACCACCAGCGACAUGUCCACUAUGAUCCCCUUUUCCCUCAUUAAGCCACAAAAGUCCUGCUGCUGCUGACUGACUGACCUCUGCUGAUUUAAAAACCCUUUGACUCUCCCCUCCCUAACCUUGGCAUAUUGUCACUAUGCCUGCACAACGAACGAACACAUUGGAAUCUAUUCGUGAUUUCAGACCUUGACUCAGCAGGGAGAAAAGCGAGCUUUCUCAACAAGCCAGCGUGAGCAAGUCUUGCGUUUUUUGGACAGUGUUAAAAACAAAAGAAAUUAGAAUACUGUAUAAUAAGAGUAAUCCAGGCUGCUUUCGGUUGAACACAAGAAAAUGUUUUUUGUUUUGUUUUUGUUUGUUUUUUUUUGUUGUUGUUUUGUUUUUGUUUUUUUUCUAACAAGAGAUUACUUUUUGUAAAUGAAUCCGUGUACAGCGAGGAAACAGAGAACUGUCUUUAUUCGUACCUUUUGGAGAAGGGUAGUCAGUGAGCAGAAAGAUGACGUGUAGAUAAAGCGGCGCCCAUCAGCAGGGUCCGCUCACCCUGGAACAAGAAGAGACUACCAAAACCACGCUUUCCUGAAACUCAUAACAAGUAACAUUCAGUGCAAUAGUUUGCUUAUCUCUACUCGCCCGCUUCAGUUUGAAAAUUUCAGUUUCAUUGGAGCAGAAAAAAUUAAAAAAAAAACAACAAAAAAAAAAAAGGGAACAGGCAGAAAAAAAAAGGCCCAAACGCUCCCCUCAGAUUUCUCGCCCUGCUUCCGCCUUACGUGUAAAUAGUAUGUUCUUGCUUCUCAUUUUUGAAGAAUUUAUCACGGACAAAAAUGGUUUCAUCUGUCGAGCAUUAGUGAGCCCAUGCAGUAAGUCAGAAAGGGUUGACUUUCACUCUGAACAACACCCUACUCGAAAUGCACUCGUAUUUUGCAUCAGUUCUCAUGUGCAAUGUUGCAGCUUUAACAUUUAUGCAACUAUUUAUGAAGACUUGUGUUGUAGCCGUAUUCUUAAAAAGGCAUGUACGUACCUGGUACUGCAAUAGAUGUCUGUAUUGUGUUAACUCUUAUGUAUUAAGUUCAGUAUUACUAUCCACAAAGCCCUGGAACAAAGGCGAGUUUUCGGGAAAUAAUGUAUAAAAAUGUGUAUCUAUAAAAAUCUAGGCACUUACGCUUUCAUUUUGUCCUGUUUUUAUUUUUCUGUAACAAAACCAAAGUUGGCUUUCUUUCCCUGCUAAUAUGUGUUUUUUUUUUUAUCAUUAUUAUUUUUUUGUUUUCAUGUUAAGUUAUAAGAGACCACGCUGAAUCCAGUUCACAAAGGUUCAAGCGUGGCUUUAUUUAUUCUUAUCGUAACAACAAAGUGUUCUGUGGUUUUAUUGCUGAAAACUUUUUUCUUUUCGUGCACAAAGUGGUUUGCCGUGUGACUUUGUUCAGCUUUUGUAGGUUGAUAACCGGUGUUUGUUGCGAGAUUUGUUUCCAAAAUCAACAGACAGAAGUGGUUGUAGUCAUCUUCAAGCAAUAGAUUUUCGGGGGGGGGGGGUAAAUCCUCAUCGUGGCCAUUUCACCGUUUUUAGGAGACAAUAUAUUUAUCGGCAUUAACCUCUGCCAGUUAUUUUAAAAUAAGUUGAUGUCCUUAGGUUUUUUUGUUUUGUUUUGUUUUUUUUGUUUUCUUUUUCAGUGCCAGCUGAAUGAGUCGGCCUAGAGAGAUGGGUGAAACUAAAUAUUGUUUCUAAUUUCAUUUGAAGGCUAUAGGAGUUACCGUCAGAUGAUCUGUUUAAAGAAUAACCUGUCGAGUUAUGUGUGUACAGUCUUUCAUUUUGUGUCUUUGAUUUUAUUUUUUGUUUUUAAUUUAUUUAUUGGUGUGGAUGUUGGUUUCCCAAAAUGUCAAAUUCUCUUGAAGGCUCAUUAGUGGAAGGUUAUGGUCUUUUGCGGGGAAACCGUGAAUAUUCACGAUGUAAAGAUGUACAGAGAGGGUCGGGGCAGUUUAGCCCACGCCCAGGAUGUAAACCUCAUAACUGUCAUAUUUUAAAUACACCUACAACAAGACUGCAGCAUUGUCAUCUUGAAUGUCUUACUAGGACUUAUUUUUACUUUUGCAUGUAUAUUUCUUUGUACAGAAGAUUGUGUUUACAUGUUACUACGUGUUGUAAAUAUUUUAUUUCGUCCUCUGUUAUUUUGCCAUUAAACGUACAAGGAACAA